AUGUUUCAUGGAACAAUAACAGAAGAGCUAACCAGUCAUGAAGAAUGGAGUCACUAUAAUGAGAACAUGAUAGAAGAUCAAAAAGAUUUUGUUUUCGUGAAGUUCAGUGGCCUGCAUUUAAAAUCCAUGGAAAAUUUGCAAUCCUGUAUCUCUCUCAGAGUAUGCAUCUUCUCAAACAAUUUUAUUACAGAUAUUCGUCCACUUCAAAGUUGUAUAAAAUUAGUCAAACUUGAUCUCCAUGGAAACCAGAUAAAGAGUCUACCAGAUACCAAAUUUUGGAGUGGAUUGAAGAAACUAAAACUCCUCUAUCUUCAUGACAAUGGGUUUGCAAAGUUAAAGAAUAUAUGUAUGCUAUCUGCUUGUCCAAGUCUCAUUGCCCUCACUAUGUUCGAUUGUCCAGUGAGCCUUAAAAAAGGAUAUAGACAUGUUCUUGUCAACAGUAUAUGGCCUCUCAAAGCACUAGAUCAUCAUGUGAUUUCUGAUGAAGAAAUAAUUCAGAACUGGCAUCUUCCUGAAAGAUUCAAAGCAUAUAACCACCGACUUUUCUUUAAUUUCUGUCCUGCUUUGAAAAAGGGAUCAACCUAUGAUGAUGAAAUUAAUAAUAUCAAGCAUAUUAUCUCAAAAAUUAAUGAAAUUCUGGCUCAUAAUUCUCCAGUUUUGAUUGUUCAAAGAUGGAUACGUGGUUUCUUAGUUCGGAAAAACACGAGCCCCUUGUUGCUGUGCAAAAAACACCAGGAGAAACUUAUUGGUGAAUGUGAAACAAAAUGGAUUUACAUACACAAAGGAUGUGAAGACAGGAUCUUUAAGAAUAUCUUUUUUCAACCUGAAACUAAUAUAAUGGGAAAGCUUACACAUUGGAAACAUAUUAUACAUUCUCCUGUUUAUUUAAAAAAUUCUAGAGAACAGAGUAAACAUGUUUCUUCUAUUAUAUAUGAACUGAAAACAAAAGAAAUUGGUAUAAAAUCAAAAAAAUCAAGACAUCUCACUCAAAGAGGUCAGAAGGAGUCUGAAGAUGAAAGUGAGAAUGAAGAAUUGGAUGCCAGUUUUAGGAUAUCAGUGUUCAAACUACCCAUACAUACUUCAGAUUCACUGAAGUAUGCGGCAUUAUUGAAAGAAAAAUAUUAUUUUCCUACAUAUGUCCAGCCAUUUCCUACUACUCAUCAAAAACCAGCAAUCAAUAAAAAAGACACGCUGUUGAAGAGUAAUGUAAGAAAAGAGUUUUUUACAGCACACAGAACUGGUAUAAAACUCCAAACACUUUGGGAUAUUGAUAAAUAUUACUCAGAACAAAAGAAGCAGGAAAGCCAUGAAAAAAAAAUAGCGGCUAUCACCAUUGCACAAGGUGCCCAAGAAAGAGUUCGCUCAACUGUUCAAGAAAACCUAAAUAAGAAAAAAAAUGCUGCACAAAAGCUAAUUGCAAAAGAUAACGAGACAAUUCAGAAUGGUUUACUACAACUUUGGCAGGACAGAUUCAAUUACCUCAAAAAAGUUAGAGAGAGGAGAGCUAUGUUUCUAGCAGAAAAAAAACAAAAGACUGAAGACCGUUUAUUAAUUCAAAACAUAAGUAAUGAGCGCACUCUUUUAUCCAAAGGAAUUAUUAAAAUGGACAGAUUGAGGAAGAAUCAAGCUGUCUUACAAGAAAAAUGUCUGAUUGUUCAGCAAAGACUAGAAAUGGAAAAAUAUCAAAAGAAUUUAUUAAAACAAAUGAAGGAAAUCAGGGCUCAAGAAACAUAUAAAAAACACUGUAAAGAAAAAUUUGUUUUUGAUAUGAUUGCCUUUCAAAAAGCUUGUGAAAGAUUUGAAGAUGCUAAAACAAAAGCUGCAAUUAUGAAAACGAAUUUCAUCUUUCAAGUUCCCAGAGGAGUGACAAAAUGAACCAAUGCCAGGUU